GUUUGGUCACAAGUGCCUUGGCGAGAUCCAUCCGAAAAGUCGGCCCAGCACAGGGUCCUCCCCAGCAUUCCUCAGCCCAGCCCACUCGCUUCAUGCCGCAAGACUCCUCCCCCCUCCAUCGGCCUUCUUUUUCACCCUCGUGCUCUACAUACACUACGAUUGGCCCUCAGUGUUGGUUGUGAGGGGAUCCGUCCAAGGUUCUGCUGA